ACCUCAAAGUUUUGAACUGCUUCCUCAUCCCAGUUUCGUCAGACACGAGACUCCGCAUCGAGCAGACAGAAGAGUUUCUCUCUGGUGUGUCAGAAAGAUGGGAGACCCCAUAACCGAGUGCGCAGGCCGACUGCAGCAACAGGAGAAGGACAUCCAGAGUCUCUCUGCAGAAAUCGAGAGCCUCAAAAACCCGCAGAACCUGAGCGCGUCCGAACACCUAGAUGAGCUGCGGGAUAAAAACGCCAGGCUGAAGUACCGCGUCAACAUCCUGAAGAGGAGCCUGCAGGAGGAGAGGCCGACCGGCUGCAGCACGUCCAUGACCAACAUCAACCAGCGGCUGCAGGAGGUUUUCGGCGAGGCCAUCCGGGCGUCCUGCCCCGAGCUGGACGACCCCCCCCUGUCGGUCGCGCCCAACCAGCAGGCCAAGUUCGGAGACUACCAGUGCAACAGUGCCAUGGCCAUGGCUCAGAUGCUGAAGGCCAAGGGGGUGAAAGUCAACCCGAGGGAGAUCGCAGAGAAGAUCAUCCAGAAUCUGCCGGACAACGAACUCGUCGAGAAAACUGAAAUCGCAGGACCAGGGUUCAUCAACAUCCACCUGAAGAGGCCGUUCGUGUCCAAACUGCUGAGCAAGCUGCUAGUCAACGGCGUGCAGCCCCCCCCGCUGGACUCCAGGAAGCGGGUGGUGGUGGAUUUCUCUUCUCCCAACAUUGCCAAAGAGAUGCACGUGGGCCACCUGCGCUCCACCAUCAUCGGGGAAAGCAUGUGCCGUCUGUUUGAGUUCCUGGGCUACGACGUUCUCAGGCUGAACCACGUGGGGGACUGGGGGACCCAGUUCGGGAUGCUGAUCGCCCACCUGCAGGAUAAGUUCCCCGACUACCUGACGUCCUCCCCGCCCAUCGGUGACCUUCAGGCCUUCUACAAAGAGUCAAAGAAGCGUUUUGACGAGGAGGAGGACUUUAAGAAGCGAGCGUACCAGUGUGUGGUCAGACUGCAGAGCAAAGAGCCCAGCUUCCUGAAGGCCUGGAACCUCAUCUGUGACGUUUCCAGGAGAGAGUUCCAGAAGGUUUACGACUGCCUGGACAUCCAGAUCGUGGAGAGAGGAGAGUCGUACUACCAGGACAUGAUGACGAAGGUGGUGAAGGAGUUUGAGGAGAGAGGCAUGGCGGAGCUGGACGAGGGGCGAAAGGUCGUCUUCGUCCCCGGUCAGUCCAUCCCCCUCACCAUCGUCAAGUCGGACGGCGGCUACACCUACGACACGUCGGACCUCGCGGCGCUGCGCCAGCGCCUCUUCGACGAGAAGGCCGACAUCCUCAUCUACGUCACGGACAGCGGACAGGCCACACACUUCCAGGUGGUGUUUGCUGCAGCUCAGAUGAUCGGCUGGUACGACCCGCAGGUGACCCGGGUGGAGCAUGCCGGCUUUGGAGUGGUGCUGGGGGAAGACAAGUCCUGACCCCCGAGGAGCUGACCAAGGCCCAGAGGUCGGUCGCGUUCGGCUGCGUCAAGUACGCCGACCUCUCGCACAACCGCGUCAACGACUACGUCUUCUCCUUCGACAAGAUGCUGGACGACCGGGGCAACACGGCGGCGUACCUGCUCUACGCGUUCACUCGCAUCAGGUCCAUCGCUCGUCUGGCUAACAUCGACGAGGCCACGCUGAGGAAGGCUGCAGAGACCUCCGAGGUCCUGCUGGACCACGAGAAGGAGUGGAAGCUGGGGAAGUGCCUCCUCCGCUUCCCGGAGAUCCUGCAGAAGAUCCUGGACGACCUUCUGCUGCACACGCUCUGCGACUACCUGUACGAGCUCGCCACCACCUUCACCGAGUUCUACGACAGCUGCUACUGCAUCGAGAAGGACAGGAAGACGGGCGAGGUGGUGAAGGUCAACAUGUGGAGGAUGCUGCUGUGCGAAGCCACGGCGGCCAUCAUGGCAAAGUGUUUUGACAUCCUGGGCAUCAACCCCGUCGGGAGGAUGUGAUGUCACGAGGCCUCCGUCUCUUGUCCCGCUGCAUCCCAAGUUCCCCGGAAGACCACAGCGGGACGGAAGAGAGUAAAUGUGGCUUUUCACUCCCGUCACGGCCAGAAACUUGGUGAACUUUAAGGAUGAAUCUCAAAAUAGUUAAUUGUAUCCAUCCUGGGAGCCAAAAUCAAUCAUGUUGAUUCCAGCUAUUAACAUCUCAUGUGAAGUUUCUUUUUUUUAUUAAAGAAAUGUGAAAUCCAAAAAUC